AUGAGUGUUCCCUACGACAAUGAGCCUAAGCAGGUACAUGAAGCCGCUGCCAUACGCGCUCAGCAGCGUGCAGCGUUCAGCAAAGAUUUCUCCCACUACCCACUCGGGUGCGCUUCUGAUGUUGACUUCCAUGCUUCACUCGAGUCCGCUAGACUCUUUGCAGAAGGAACCGGGCCCUUUUCUGCCAUCCAGGAAUGGAUCAAAGCCUCUCCAGAAGUCGAAGCAAUGAUUGCUGUAGGUACUGCGUUCGGGCCUUGGUUCACUGCCGCCGGUUUUCUUUAUGGCCUUUACAGUGAUUGGCAGCGGAAGAAGCAAGACAAAGAGACGGCGGAGAAGAUCAUUCGGGAGCAAACUGACGCUCGAGAAGUGGAUGCAAUGAUCAAUCGGGCCGUAGAGAGCGUCGAGAAGUUCAUCAAAGACGAGCAGAUGAAAGAAAAGCUCGACUCUCUCAAAGGCCUUCAGAGAACUCUUGCCGACCUCAUGACUCUUUCUGCGGACACUGAUUUCGCCAAUAUUGAUACCGUGCUCGUCGGUUCGCUUGUGAAAGACUGCAACCAGCUGCUAUCCUUUUUUGAGCGGAUCUUCAAUGAGAGCAUCGAAGCGUCAGAUUCGGCUCAAGCAGCUGUGAUGUAUGGACAUAUCGUCGACGGCAUCCUGCUGAAGAACCAAACUCUGGCGUGGCAAGACAAAACCUUGCCCCACGGCACAAGCAGUCUUGCAAUGCAGGGCGUGCUCGAGUUGCAGAAGCUCCACGAGGUUCUCCUCCCUGCCGUGCGCAAGACCACGGACAAGCAAUUUUCGGGAAUGGAGUCUCAUCGCGUAGAACUAGACUCUGAUGGUCACGUUAUUCGGCCUCAUUCAGGGCCGAAACUUGAAGAUGUUGAAAGAAUUGAUCUUUUCUUCUAUUUCUUCCGGGGUGAGGUUCAGGGCGGCCAGACUUUUCUGGGUACAGCGGGGUCACCGUUUGUUGGGAUUCCGGAGGCAGAUGAGCUCGGAAAGGAGAUGGAAAAGCGUAAAGAGGAAGAAUAUUCAAAGGUGGUGGAAAGCUUGCGAGCAAUGGGUGAAGAGCACAAAGCGGCACUGAAUGGUCUGGGCGUUCUCAUCAAGGAGGAGAGCAAUUCGGGCUAG